AAAACCGAGGAGCUAGCUAGCUAGCAAAAAGCCUUAGUUCAUCAACGCAUAUUAGUAUAUAUCUGAGCGCAGGUAGGUUUAUCGGAUUAAGUCGACGAAAGAAGAAAACGAAGAUGGCAGCUAGAGUUGGAGUUCUUCCUAAUCAUAGUGAUCGGAAAACCCUCAUGAACCUCAACUUGGUGGUGAUACUAGUUCUCUGCAGUUUUGGAUCAGUCAAAGUUGAAGCUCUUUCAACUCGUCUUCCAUCUACUGAAGUGGAAGCCCUACGAGAAAUAGCUACACAACUAGGAAAAAAAGAUUGGAACUUCAGCGUAGACCCGUGCCUGAAUGACACAACCCACACAAGCUGGACUACCCCCAAAUCUGAUAACACUCUAUUCAACAACACUCUCACUUGCAACUGCUCCUUCCCCGAUGGCUCAUGCCAUGUCAUCAACAUUAUUCUUAGAGGGCAAGAUCUUGCUGGUGUUGUUCCACCAUCUAUUGCAAAGUUACCCUACCUUACACAAAUCGAUUUCACGAGGAACUUUCUUAGUGGCAAUAUACCGAGUGAAUGGGCUUCUACAAAGUUGGAAUUUAUGUCCUUUAAUGUGAACAACUUAUCUGGACCAAUCCCUGCCUUCUUGGGAAACAUCACCACUCUAAAAUACUUGAACCUAGAGACUAACAUGUUUACUGGAACUGUUCCUCCUGAACUUGGGAAUUUGGUUAACUUGCAAAAUCUCAUUAUUAGUGCAAACAAUCUCACAGGAGUGUUACCAGUGAAUCUCACUAAUCUGAACAAACUAACAGAAUUGAGGAUAAGCAGUAACAACUUCACUGGAAGAAUUCCAGACUUUUUCCGAAGUUGGAGUCAACUUAUAAAAUUAGAGAUCCAAGCUAGUGGUCUAGAAGGCCCCAUUCCGUCUAGCAUUUCUGUCUUGAGUAAUCUAACAGAACUAAGGAUCAGCGACUUAAACGGAGGGGGUUCAGUAUUUCCGAACUUGACUAAUAUGAAAAGCAUGAAAAGAUUAAUGCUGAGGAGCUGUAAUUUAUCAGGACCUAUUCCUGAUUUAAAAGCAAUGGCAGGAGUGAAUAAAUUAGAUCUCAGCUUCAACAAAUUGGAAGGAAGUUUUCCUGAUCUUGAAGCUAUGGCUCUGGAUCCGGACAAUUUGCAGUACUUGUAUCUGACAAGCAACUUACUCAAUGGCUCUAUUCCAAAUUGGGUUAAGAGCAAAGAUAACCGCUACCAGAUAGACGUUUCUUACAAUAAUUUUUCCAAGGACUCUGAGCCAUCUACAUGUAGCGAAUACCUGAACGUUUUCAAAAGCUUUUCUGCACCAAACAUCAACUCAUUAUCUGGAGCGUGCCUGCAGAAAUAUCCAUGUACAAAAGUUCAGUACUCAUUGCAUAUAAAUUGUGGUGGAGGAGCGACCACCAUUGGAGGAGUCAAAUUUGAAGAUGAUACGGAUCUUGGAGGUGGAGCAAAAUUUGUUCCAGUGAGAGCUAACUGGGGAACCAGUAGCACUGGAGUUUUCUGGGAUACUAAUGUCACCUCUAAAGACUACAUAGCAAAUAAUGUAUCGACACUUGGAAUGGAAAACUCUCAGUUGUACACAAAUGCACGCCUCACUCCUCUUUCUCUCACAUAUUAUGCAAACUGCUUAGGAGAUGGAAAUUAUACUGUCAAACUUCACUUUGCGGAGAUAAUAAUCCGAGGCAACAGAUCCUUUCAGAGUGUUGGAAGACGGAUUUUUGAUGUCUAUAUUCAGGAGAAACUUGUAUGGAAGGAUUUUGACAUCGUAAAGGAAGCACCAGGGGUUGACAAGGUAUACAUUAUAGAAACAAAUGCAGUUCAAGUUACAAACAAAACUCUAGAGAUUCGGUUUCAUUGGUCUGGAAAAGGCACAACAGCAUCCCCUAGACGAGGAAUCUAUGGUCCCCUUAUAUCAGCCAUUUCUAUAGAGCCUGAGUUCAAGCAUUCCAAAACAAAUAUGGCUAUUGUGGUUGGAGUUUCAGUUGGAGCUUCGGUUUUGUGCCUGUUCUUCUUAAUUUUUGGCAUUCUUUGGUGGAAAGGCUGUCCGGUGGAUAGUCAGAAAUCAAGAGAAGAAGUUCUGAGAGGACUGGAUCUGCGGACUGGCUUUUUCACCUUGAGGCAAAUUAAAGCUGCUACUAAUAACUUUGAUCCUUUAAACAAAAUUGGAGAAGGUGGUUUUGGUCCCGUAUACAAGGGUACACUUUUGGAUGGUACUAUAAUUGCAGUUAAGCAACUAUCUUCAAAAUCAAAGCAGGGAAAUCGUGAAUUUGUGAACGAAAUAGGCAUGAUCUCUUGUUUGCAGCAUCCAAAUCUGGUUAAAAUGUAUGGAUGUUGUAUUGAAGCAAACCAGUUAUUGUUGGUGUAUGAGUACCUGGAGAACAAUAGCCUUGCUCGCGCCUUGUACGGUCCAGAGGAUGAUCGUUUAAACUUGGACUGGCCUACAAGGCAGAAAAUAUGCCUAGGCAUAGCAAAAGGUCUGGCUUAUUUGCACGAGGAAUCGGCAGUGAAGGUUGUACAUAGAGACAUCAAAACUACGAAUGUGUUACUGGACCAAGACCUCAAUGCUAAGAUCUCGGACUUUGGUUUGGCCAAGCUUGACGAAGAGGAGCAAACUCAUAUUAGCACCAAGGUUGCUGGAACUAUAGGAUAUAUGGCACCGGAAUAUGCUCUAUGGGGUUGUUUGACCUUUAAAGCAGAUGUCUACAGUUUUGGAAUUGUUGCAUUAGAAAUUGUAGCAGGAAAGAACAACAUGAAAUGUCGACCCAAUGAGAACAUUCAGUGUCUUAUGGAUUGGGCCCUUGUUUUGCAACAAAAAGGGAACUUACUGGAGCUGGUGGAUCCGAGGUUGGGGUCCGAUUUCAGUACGAAAGAGGCGAUUAGAAUGAUCAAAGUAGGUCUACUGUGCGCCAAUCCAACAGCUGGACUUAGGCCUAUCAUGUCUGAAGUAGUGAGUAUGCUUGAAGGGCGGACCGCCGUGGAUGAAGUGGUUCUGGAUCCAAGUAUCCACGGUGAUGAAAUGACGAGGUUAAAAGCCUUCGAAGAGCAGUUUGAUCACAGCACUGCACAAUGGAGCUCCCCAAGUGGAAGUCAUGGCCUCAUUCGUUCAUCAGAUGCACCAUGGACCGGUUCUACUAUUACUACUGAGUCUUCAGAUCUCUAUAAAGUUUAUUCAAGCGAGCCGCCAGCUAAAAAUUAUACAGAGAUAUAUAUUUACUUUACGACCGACGAGCUAGCUCAUCAAGGAGGAACAAAUAUCCGGAAGCAGAUUAGUAUUGGAUGCAAGAAGAAAAUGAAGAUGGCAAUCGGAGCUGGGCUACUUCUUCCUAAUAGUCGUCGGAAAACCAUCAUGAACCUCAUCGUGGUGGUGAUACUGGUUCUCUGCAAUACUGGAUUACUCAAAGUUGAGGCGCUUACAACUCGUCUUCCUGCUUCUGAAGUUGAAGCCCUAGAAGAAAUUGCUACACAAAUAGGAAAAAAAGACUGGGAUUUCACAGUAGACCCGUGCCUGAAUGACACAACCCACACAAGCUGGGCUACCCCAAAGCCUGCUGACAGGCCUCUAUUCAACAACACCCUCACUUGCAACUGCUCCUUCCCUGAUGGCUCGUGUCAUGUCAUUAACAUUUUUCUUAGAGGGCAAGAUCUUGCUGGUGUUCUUCCACCAUCUAUUGCAAAGUUACCCUACCUUACACAAAUCGAUUUCACGAGGAACUUUCUUAGUGGUAAUAUACCGAGUGAAUGGGCUUCUACAAAGUUGGAAUAUAUGUCCUUUAAUGUAAACAACUUAACUGGACCAAUCCCUGCCUUCUUGGGAAACAUCACCACUCUAAAAUACUUGAACCUUGAGACUAACAUGUUUUCUGGAACUGUUCCUCCUGAGCUUGGGAAGUUGGUUAACUUGCAGAAUCUCAUUAUUAGUACAAACAAUCUCACAGGAGUGUUGCCAGUGAAUCUCACUAGUCUGAGCAAAUUAGCAGAACUGAGAAUUAGCAGUAACAACUUCACUGGAAGAAUUCCGGAUUAUUUCCAGAGUUGGAAUCAACUUACGCAAUUAGAGAUCCAAGCUAGUGGUUUACAAGGCCCCAUUCCAUCUAGCAUUUCUGUCUUGAGUAAUUUAACAGAACUAAGGAUCAGUGACUUAAAUGGAGGGGGUUCAAUGUUUCCAAACUUAAGUAAUAUGACAAGCUUGCAAAGAUUAAUGCUGAGGAGCUGUGAUUUAUCUGGACCAAUUCAUGAUUUAUCAGCAAUGACAGCAUUGAAUAUCUUAGAUCUUAGCUUCAACAAAUUGGAAGGAAGUAUUCCUGAUCUUGAAGAUCUUACUGAGAACAGAUUGCAGUACUUGUAUUUGACAAGCAACUUGCUCAAUGGCUCUAUUCCAGAAUGGAUUAAGAACAGAGAUAACCGCUACCAAAUAGAUGUUUCUUACAAUAAUUUUUCGAAGAUCUCUGAGCCAUCUACAUGUAGCGAAUACCUGAAUGUCUUCAAAAGCUCUGCUGUACCAAACAACACAUUAUCCGGAGCGUGCCUGGACAAAUUUCCAUGUACAGAAGUUCAGUACUCAUUGCAUAUAAACUGUGGUGGGAGAGCAACCACCAUUGGAGACAUCAAAUUCGAAGAUGAUACAGAUCUUGGAGGUGGAGCAAAAUUUGUUCCGACGAGACCUAACUGGGGAGUCAGUAGCUCUGGAUUUUUCUGGGAUACUGACCUCACCUCUAAAGACUACAUAGCAAAUAAUGUAUCAACACUUGGAAUGGAAAACUCUCAGUUGUACACGAAUGCACGCCUCACUCCUCUUUCUCUCACAUAUUAUGCAAACUGCUUAGGAGAUGGAAAGUAUACUGUGAAACUUCACUUUGCAGAGAUAAUAAUCCGAGCCAAUAGAUCUUUUUUCAGUGUUGGAAGACGGAUAUUUGAUGUCUAUAUUCAGGAGAAACUUGUAUGGAAGGAUUUUGACAUCGUAAAGGAAGCACAAGGGGUUGAUAAGGUAUACAUUAUGGAAACAAAUGCAGUUCAAGUUACAAACAAAACUUUAGAGAUUCGGUUUCAUUGGUCUGGAAAAGGCACGACAGCAUCCCCUAGACGAGGAGUCUAUGGACCCCUUAUAUCAGCCAUUUCUAUAGAGUCUGAGUUCAAGCCUCCUAAAACUCAUGAUAGCAAAAGAAAGAUGUACAUUGUGGUUGGAGUUUCAGUAGGAGCUGCGGUUUUGUGCCUCUUCUUCUUCAUUUUUGGCAUUCUUUGGUGGAAAGGCUGUCUGGUGGAUAGCCAGACAUCAAGGGAAGAAGCUCUGAGAGGACUAGAUCUGCAGACUGGCUUUUUCACCUUGAGGCAAAUUAAAGCUGCAACUAAUAACUUUGAUCCUGUAAACAAAAUUGGGGAAGGUGGUUUUGGUUGUGUCUACAAGGGCAUAUUAUUGGAUGGAACUGCAAUUGCAGUUAAGCAACUCUCUUCAAAAUCAAAGCAAGGAAACCGCGAGUUUGUGAAUGAAAUAGGCAUGAUAUCUGGUUUACAACAUCCAAAUGUGGUUAGGUUAUACGGUUGCUGUAUUGAAGGAAAUCAAUUACUGUUGGUAUACGAAUACAUGGAAAAUAACAGCCUUGCUCAUUCUUUGUUUGGGGAAGAGAAAGGCGUCCUAACACUGGACUGGCCUACAAGGCAAAAAGUAUGCCUAGGCAUAGCAAGAGGUUUGGCUUUUCUACACGAGGAAUCAACACUGAAGGUUGUACAUAGAGACAUCAAAGCUACGAAUGUAUUACUGGACCAAGACCUGAAUGCUAAGAUUUCGGACUUUGGUUUAGCCAAGCUUGACGAAGAGGAGAACACACAUAUUAGCACAAGAAUUGCUGGAACUAUAGGUUAUAUGGCACCGGAAUAUGCACUCUGGGGUUGUUUGACCUACAGAGCAGAUGUCUACAGUUUUGGCGUUGUUGCAUUGGAAAUUGUUGCCGGAAAGAACAACAUGAAGUUUCGACCAAAUGAUGAUUUUGUAUGCCUUGUGGAUUGGGCCCUUGUUUUACAACAAAAAGGGAAUUUAAAGGAGCUGGUGGAUCAGCGGCUCGGAUCAGAUUUCCACAAGGAACAAGCGAUCAGAAUGGCUAAAGUAGCUUUGUUAUGCACCAAUUCAGCACCAUCGCUUAGGCCUACCAUGUCCGUAGUAGUGAGCAUGCUAGAAGGGCGGACCUCCGUCCCUGAGUUGAUCAUGGAUCCUAGCAUUUAUGGUGAUAAAAUGAGGAUGUCAGCCUUGAGACAACAGUUUGAUCAAAUUGUAAAUGACAGCUCAAUUCGAUCUCAAACGAGCUACACUGAUUCUCAGAGCCACCUUCGUUCAUCAGAUGUACCAUGGACCGGUUCUUCUGGUACUACUACGUCUUCAGAUCUCUACAAACUUAAUCCUUAGUUCUUAGUAACGUAGACACCAAGGAAAGAGUUUCUUGCACAGUUUUUCUUUUUUCUUUCUGAAACCACACUGUAAACAUUCUUCAAAAAAAUCUAAAUUGCAUCUUCAAAGUAUCAAGAAGUGAUCUUUAACCCGAAUGUGUAUGUUUUCGCCAGAUUAAUUCAUGUAAACUCGUAUAUCUUGAUUUAUGUACUUAUUAGCACCAAUGGGAGUUUGGUCGAAUUGAAACAUCAACAGAAAAACAUUGCAAGACGUGUUCUUUCUGUAAAAGGAAACUUUCCGUUACUUUAAUCA